CUGCGAGUGGUGGGGCAUUACCUCAUCCAAAAAAGUUAAGUGUUUAGGAAUGAAUGGUCCGUAUUAGUAGUUGUGUUUUUUAUGUAGAGAAAGUGAGGGGAGACAACAGUGUCCAUGAUGACAACCUCGAAACUUAAUCUGGGUCAGCACAUGAUCGUGUCGCCUGUCAUCCCUCGCACAAUCGCAUUCACACCAUCUUCCAUUGCAGUAACUCUGACUAACCAACAUGCUUCUUCUUCACUAACUCUGUGCUAUACUCCUCAUUUUCCCACCCGGGUCAGAUCCCAUUCUCACCCAUUCACAGAAUCCGAUGACCAAGUUGAAGACCUCAGAGUCCCUGACCGUUGGUUAGAACCAACCAUUUCCUUGCAGGAAUCAGAAUGGCUUAGGGUUGCUUUACAUAAAUGGUUGGAUGAUGAGUACUGUCCAGAAGAAACCAAUGUGGAAAUAAGCCGAGUGGCGGCCAACUCAUACUACAAUUCUUUGCUGCAGAAGCAAACAGACCUGGGUGAGAUUCUGUUGAAGAUGGCCCGUGAACUGGAGUCUAUUAACUACAAAGAAAGUUUCCAUGGGGCAUUCUCAUCAGCAAAUGCUGCUAUUGACCUCAUUGCUCAACGGAUAGAACAGUUCAGUCAAUCGAUUUGAAUUUGAUUGCCUCUAAUUGUCUCGUUUUGGUUUGAUUUGCUUGUAGUACAAUCUUGUAUCUUUAUUGGAAUUAUAACUUUAAUCCCUGGAAAAUGUUGUAGUAUAGGCCAUUUUUUCAUGGAAGUUUGUGAUCGUACUAUGGCUGAAAAAGAAAUGAAUAUCAUAGGGUUCCUUUUCAGUGA